AUGGAAGAUGAGAUCAUCCGAUCUGCCCAUCAGCGUGGGCACUAUGCUGUUAAGCGAACAGAGGAGGUUAUCAAAAGGGACUACUAUAUAGCAUCUUUGACUGGAAAAGUCGCAAAAUUUAUUUCCAAUUGUGUCGCCUGUUUGAUAGCCAAUCGCAAGGAAGGUCGAAAGGAGGGAUUUCUACAUACGAUUGACAAGACAGAUCUGCCUCCGCAUACUUACCACGUCGACCAACUUGGACCUUUAGAAUCAACGAGUAAACAGUAUAAUCACAUGUUCGCAGUAAUCGAUGCCUUUACGAAGUUUACCUGGCUAUAUCCAACGAAGUCUACUACUACGCGAGAAGUUGUUAAGAGACUAGACAAACAGAAGUUCAUCUUUGGGAGUCCAGUACGGAUUGCCGACUGGAUUGCCGAGAGCGAACGGUCAAAUUGA